CGCAAUUAACUCCCGACGUUUCCGCCGUGGCUUACCUUCAAGAGGCUUGCAUUCAAUUCCUAGCCCUAGGAAGUCCACUGUUUAACCAAAAUCAACCCUAAUUCGCGAACACGUCUGCUAGAGUCGUCGAUAGACGCCCGUAUUUGUGCGGGGAAUAGUACUAUGGCAGCAACAUUCCGGCCUGUCAACACACCGAUGGCGAUUGAAGUGAAGAAGGACGACGGGGCGGCGCGGUCGCCUACUACGCCUACCCCGACGAAGGCCACCUUCGGCCAGCGACCGCUACCGACGUCACCAUUCCCACAAGCCGUUCAGAUUCCCGAAAGCAUAGAAGAAAAGCAAACCCCGAAGCAAGCGACCAAACAGACACCUAAACGAGAAAACUCGCAACAUUCGAAGCGGUCGCGAGGGGAUUCCGAAGACGUCGAUAUGGACGAAUCAGAUGGAGAAACUCACGGGGAGGAUGGUGCAGGAUCAGACGACGAGAGUGUAAACGCAGAUGGGACGAAAUCGAACAAGAAAAAGAAGUCGCAACGGUUUUAUUGCACCGACUAUCCACCUUGCAAUUUGAGCUUUACGAGAAGUGAACACUUGGCGAGACACAUUCGGAAACACACCGGAGAGCGCCCAUUCCAAUGCCAUUGCUCGAGACGAUUUUCGCGGCUAGACAAUUUACGACAACAUGCGCAGACCGUGCAUGUCAAUGAAGACAUCCCAAUCGAUUCGCUUGCCGCCACUGGUACGAGGUUUCAAAGGCAGAUCCGAACUGAUAGAGUGCGGCAACCAGGAAGAGCUCGAGCCUCGACGGCAGGGAGCAUGGGUACUCCAACUCGUGGCCACGCCAAAUCGCUCUCUACUUCGAGCAUAAGCUCUGUUGGCUCCACCUUUAGCACCCGAGAAGAUGUACGCAGGCGUCCGCCGCCCCUGGUGAUGGCAGACCCGAGGUCUCGGCUGUCUAUUGAGACGUAUCAUGGUCCGGAAAGUGCCUAUUCGUAUCGACCGCCGUCUCCAAGUGACUUCAGCACACCAACCUCGGCAACUUUCUCGACCGGUCAGAAUAGUCCUAGGUGGGGAUCUGCAAUUGCAUCGCCAAGUUCAUCUCACCAGCGUCCUCAGAGCAUGUAUGGUGGUCACAGAACUCCAGGCCGACGACUCAGUGUACCAUCUGGCGGGAUACCGUUCCAGUCACCUCACGGUGCGGCCCUUGGCCGUCCAACUUUCGGCCCGGGUCCGGUCAACACCUCAAAUCCCGGUGCAUUUUCUCCGACCAGCAGCCUUUUAGGAUCGCCAACCUCGUCCGUGUUUUCUUCUCGGAGAGAAUCCACGUCACAGACAGAGGAUUGGCGUCGUCGCACAUGGCACCCCGACUCUACUAACUUCAACACUGUUAACAGCAGCCGCUUAAGCAACGUUGUAACCCCAUCACAGUUCCAGAGCCCUGUCGCUGCCCCAUCGCCUUUAGCUGCCCCACCGCAGCAAAGUACAGCACUUCGACUACCGGGCAUAGAAUCGUUUGGCCCUCUCCCACACCGGCCCGUAUCGCCUCCUAGACGGAAUCCCUCUCCCAUGAUUGUCGAUUCCGAAGUUUCUCACCCACCGGCGUUACUCCCUGCUGCCCACUCCGGUGACUCCGACGAAAGGCGAAAUACGGCCAACUGGGACAUGGGAUUGCACCGAGGGUUAACUCGACUGGAUAUCACGUCUAAUAAUCCACCACCCGCAGACAUCGCACGUACUUGGGCCCGCGAAGCAAAUCAUGCCGUUGAGGCGGAGGUGGAGCGAGUUAGGAUAAAUCCCCCAACUGUACGAUUUAAUGAGCCGGUAGUUAUGGAGAGCAGACCUCCCGUUGCGACUAGCCUGCCCAGGGCCUAUCAUCAACAUACCAUGUCAGCGCCGCUGGUUAACACUGCAAGGGAAACAAAGCGGCGGGGGUGGUACAAUGGUCCCGUGACGGUGCAUGCCGACGCACCUCCUGAGAAAAUAGCUAGAGUGGAUCGUAUGAUUCACCCAAAUAUCAGCGAGUUCUCAGGUUUCCCUGCUAGAGAGAAUGCUAUGAAUGCCCCACCGAGAGAAGAAAACGCUGGCGAACGAGACAACAUGCUCCGACUACAGGCGUUAGUAGCAGUGGCAACAAGCGAGGGAAACGCAACAACCGCAUAUUAAUUGUCAUGGGAACCAGUCCCACAAGGACACACCACAAUAUCAUGUCGAUAAAACGAUUAUCUACGAAACCUACUUAGUACACAUGGACCCUAACGGCUGCUGGGCACAGCGGAUUUACGAGACCUACGAUUUUUCUUGAUCAUUUUCUAGAAUCAAG